AUGCUCGUCUUAAUCGCCGGAAUAUCUGGCAACCUUGGCAGUCGCCUAGCAAUAGUUGCGAAACAGCGCGGCCUAUCUGUUAGGGGCCUAGGACGCGAUCCCUCGAGAUUGAGUCCUGAGCUAGCCCAAAGUCUUGAAUCCUUCGUCACAAGUCGCAACUAUUACGACACUCCGGCUCUAGACAAAGCCGUGGCUGGCGUGGAUGCGAUUAUCUGUGCCUACAACCCGACACCUCUCCUGGACCUCGACGGAUGUCUCUCACUCCUCCGGGCUGCCGAGCGGGCAAAUGUCAAGGUCUUCAUGGCCUCCUCGUGGAACAAUGAUUGGACGAAGAUCAAGUUUGGCGAUUUUGAGCAUUACGAUGCUCACAUUGCCUUCGAGCAGCAGGCCGCUAUGACAAGCUCAAUAAAACCGGUGUACCUUUUCACAGGAGUCUUUGCCGACCUAUUGUUCACCCCCUACGGACCGGGAGGUUUUGAUACUUCUGGCGACGUCCCUCAAAUGCGUUACUGGGGCGAGGGGAACAAGAAAUUGCAUUCCUGGACAGUGCAGGAUGACGUUGCUGCAUGGACCAUUGAGAUUCUGAUCAAUGGAGGCGGCGUUCAAGAGGGCAAGGGAGGGUUCUUCAGAAUGCGCUCCGGAGUGAAUACGAUCGAGGAGCUGGCGUUAGCAUACGAAGAGGCCACGGGGACCUUUGUUGAAGUCAAGCGUCAAGGCACCCUGGGGAUGCUCGCGGAAGAGAUUGCCAGACUGCGCAGAGAAAAGGGAAGGGAUAGGAACUUUGAUGAAAUCGCAGCUUUGGAACAUGUUCGCAAGCCCACGACUCUGGAAGAACACCUGAAGGUUCGGUUCGGAAGCUAA